AUGGCUAGAACCAAGCAAACAGCCAGAAAGUCUACUGGUGGUAAGGCUCCCAGAAAGCAGUUGGCCUCUAAGGCCGCCAGAAAAUCAGCCCCCGUCUCGGGUGGUGUUAAGAAACCUCACAGAUAUAAGCCAGGUACUGUUGCCUUGAGAGAAAUCAGAAGGUUCCAAAAGUCUACUGAGUUGUUAAUUAGAAAGUUACCUUUCCAAAGAUUGGUUAGAGAAAUUGCCCAAGAUUUCAAAUCUGACUUAAGAUUCCAAUCUUCUGCUAUUGGUGCUUUACAAGAAGCGGUUGAAGCUUAUUUGGUUUCAUUAUUUGAAGAUACUAACUUGUGUGCCAUUCACGCUAAGAGAGUUACCAUCCAAAAGAAGGAUAUCCAAUUAGCUAGAAGAUUAAGAGGUGAAAGGUCUUAA